UGCGUCAAAUAUAUUAACACUUGAUGAAGAUGAAAUGAUUAACAAGUCUAUUUAAACGUUAAAGUGCAAUAAAAAGUUAGCAACAAGAAAUACCAAGAGUGAAGAUGAAUAAAGAAGUUCAGAACCAAUCUGGGAAUCUGGAAGGGUAUUCAGCAUCGGUGCCUCCAGGACUUCCACAACCGCCCCCUCCUUACACAGUUUCAACAAUUGAUCCAGUUGUUGCUCAGCCUCGUGCAGCUGAUCAAAAUGCAGUUUUACCAGGAAGUUGGGGACCUGUGCCUCCAACUGUGCCAACAUCUGCCUCUAUACCCAUACCUCUAGUACCAGUACCUCCUACAAACAGCCCCCAAGGCCUACAGUACCUCUCUUUAGUCGACCAGCUGCUAGUCCACCAACAAGUCGAACUUCUCGAAGUCAUCACGGGCUUUGAAACCGAAAACAAAUACCAAAUCAAAAACAGUUUAGGCCAACAGGUAUAUUUCGCCGCCGAAGAUUCCGAUUUCUGCACCAGAAACUGUUGCGGCCCUUUGCGUCCCUUCGACAUGAAAAUUUUCGACAAUUACAAAAACGAAGUGAUCCAUUUCUACCGACCUCUAGCUUGUCAGGCCUGUUGUUACCCGUGCUGUUUACAGACCAUUGAAGUCUCUGCGCCUCCAGGGAACCCAAUCGGGUCGGUUGAGCAAGAAUGGAGUAUUUUUUAUCCAACUUUUGCUGUCAAAAACGCGAAUGGGGAUACAGUGUUGAGAAUCGAAGGACCCUUUUUCACUUGUAGCUGUGGCAAUGAUGUUAAUUUUAGAAUUACGUCUGGUGAUGGUAGUGAAGAAAUUGGGAAAAUUACGAAGCAGUGGUCUGGAUGGGUGAGGGAAGCGUUUACUGACGCUGAUUUUUUUGGAAUUACUUUUCCCAUGGAUUUGGAUGUGAAGAUGAAGACCGUGCUUCUGGGCGGUUUGUUUUUAAUUGAUAUGAUGUUUUAUGAGACGAAACAGAAUAAUAAUCGCAGAAGAUAAAAUUACUGUGUUUAACUGUAUACCAACCAUCAUGUGUUUAAUAAAAUGUUCUUGUAUUUUUAUUUUUUCA